AUGCCGCUGUUCGACCUGGCCAACGAACUGCUGGUAGCCAUAGCCCAGUUCCUGCAGGCAGAGCGGGAUAUUGAUGCCUUUGCCAAGUCGAAUAAACGUCUCUACAGUAUACUCAUUGCUCAUUUAUAUCGACACAAUGCGCACAACUCCAGAGCGUCGGCCCUUGUUUGGGCAGCCAAAAAUGGUCGAGUAGAGACUUUGCAACGCGCCAUUUCCACGGGCGUCAGAGUUCACGAUUUUGCCCUGUUGCCAAUCGCCUCGGAGGAGGACCACCCCAGCUUUGUCAGUCUGCUCCUCUCAACGCAUGGAGUGGACGUCAAUGUGAAGAACGAAGACGGUUGGACGUCUCUGGCGGCUGCUUCAAGGCAGGGCCAUGUCGAGGUGGUCAAACUACUCUUGGCUGCAAAUGCCGACCUACGGACCAACUACGCUGGAUGGACACCACUUAAUGUGGCCGCAAACGAUGGCCACCUUGACGUGGUGAAGCUUCUGCUAGAACGGGGAGCGGAUGUGUCUGUAGCCAGCGAGACCGGAUGGACUCCUCUCAAAUCCGCGGCAUGUAAUGGACAUUUUGAGGUUGCGAAGCUGCUCUUGGCCCACGGAGCUGAUGUACACAUUACUGCCGACCGAAUGUGGACGCCGUUGCACUCGGCAGCGAAUUCAGGGCAUGCUGAUGUAGUUGAGCUCUUGACAGACCAUGGAGCCAACACGGCAGUUGCCACGGCGGAUGGCUGGACGCCCUUGACCUUGGCUGCUGACAAGGGCAUGACAGACGCAGUAAGGACGCUGGUCGAAAAGGGUGCUGACGUUGCCCUCCCUUGUGGCAAUGGAUGGACGCCCAUCACGCUGGCCUCGGAUAGUGGACAUGUGGCCGUUGUGAAGAUUCUCUUGGACAACGGCGCCAACGUGAACUCUACCUGCAACAAUGGUUGGACACCUCUAACACUCGCUUCCGGGGCUGGCAACGUCGCCAUGAUCGAACUGCUCCUAAGUCAUGGAGCGGACAUCAAGGCAACCAAUGAUUCAGGUUGGUCUUCUCUACUCAUCGCAUCUGACAGAGGCCACAGAGAUGUUGUCAAGGCCUUACUCGCUCGUGGAGCCGACGUCUCAACAACGAACCGGGGCGGACUGACAGCUCUCCACGCGGCAUCAGAAAAUGGCAACGUCGACGUAGCGGAACUGCUACUCUCUCGUGGUGCUGACACUGCAAUCGGAAACAAAAGUGGCUGGAACGCUGUUCACAUUGCCGCUCAUAACAAUCACUCAAAGCUCGUCGAGCUAUUUCUAAGGACCCCAGGUAUUGAUUUGGACUUGAGGGAUAACAACGGACGAACCGCGUCCUAUCACGCAGCGAUGAGAGGCAACGCGGAUAUAGUCGAGCUGUUCCUCGCAAAAGGCGUCUCGCUAAAUAUACCCGAUUCCUACGGCUCAAAACCGAUCUUCUCGGCGGUUAGAAAUGGCCACGAAGCGGUUGCUCGCCGCUUGCUAGCCGCAGAGGUCUACCCCAUGGGUCACCUCGAUGGCUUUGGCCAUGACCUGCUUUGGUGGGCUCGACGUAGCGGCAGGUUGGGACUUCUGCACCUUGUCAGACAACACAUUAGUAUGCAUGAUCCGGGUGUACAGUUGGAUGAGGAUAUGGAACCGGAAGAAAAUCCAGUCAAGUUCGUCGAGGACGCAUGCUGGUGUGAAGUCUGCACUAGGUGUACAGUACUUGGAACGACUUCGUAUGAGUGUCCGACGUGCGAUGGUGGCUAUUUUCUUGUUUGCGCCGAGUGUUACGAUACCGGGGUGAGAUGUCGCGAAAGUAGCCAUGAGCUAAUCCCUCACUCUUGCAACAGAGUAGCUUAA